CACAUUUCAAUUUUGACAGUUCUUCGCCGAUGUUUUGGUUCGUGGGUUAAGUUUAUUUUUGAUUAAUUUUAAGAAACCAGAGAGUCGUUAUGGAGGACGCUUUCCAUAAAGUCGUGGAGCACAUCUUCAACAAUUGGACGGCUCUGCAGCUCGCCGUGGAGCAUUCCAUGGGUGGACCCAACAGCAAACAGGUCGCCGUGCAGUCCAUGAACUACAUAGUCAGUUAUGGAAUGUCCGAGCAGGAUCUGGAAUCUGAGGAUUUCGAGGAUGUGCUGGAGGACAUCAUGGAUCGGGAAUUUGACACUCUGUGUGAAGACAACUCGAUUGCAGAAAUAUCGCAGUUGUUGUACAAGUUUUUGCAAAUGAUAAAGAAGGGCAACGUUGAGGAAUACAAUGUUGAAUAUGCCAAGUUGCCGGUGAGGCCCCAAUGGAUCACAAAUCAGGCGCCAGCGCCGAAGAAGAGAGAGGAAGUACCAGCACCAAGUGGUGAGAGUGCUGUGGAGGAAUCUAUGGAUGCGGAGGACUCGGAAUGGACGCAAGUUAAAUCGAAGAAGAAACGAUGAAUCAAACCUUUUAUUUAAAAAUAUAUAUAUAUGCAUAUAAAAAUCACA